UAUCAUCGGAUUAUCUGAGAAGAAAGAAAUCUUUAGGACAACUCUAGACGGAUCGGUGAAAUCUGGGGCAGUAUUUAUUCCAGUUGGGAUGUAAACUCCUUUGUCAGGAAAGCUUUGCUUGCUUCAUCAAGUGAAAGACAACUUAUGACGGACUUUGGAAAUCUGAGGCAGCAUUUAAUCCAUUUGGGAUCAGAACUUCUUUGUCAGGAAAGCUUUGUUUCAUCCAUUGAAAGAAAUGUCUCGAGGCAUGAGUAUCGAAGUGAAACGUGCCAAUAAACUGCUAAUUAAUCAAAAUGCAGUCUUUGAUCAAGGGGUUUACCCAAUGAAUGGACGUCCACGAGGUCACUGUCUGAUUGUUGACAAUGAAUUUAUCAAAGGCGAGAAACCUAGACAUGGCACAUUAAUGGAUUCCGAGUCGUUGUCCUGUCUUUUUAGUCAACUAGAUAUUGAGGUCACAGUGAGAAGAAAUUUGACCAAAACAGAUUUGGAGUACUGGAUCCAGGAAUUUGCAUGCAAUAACAAACAUGCAAAUGCGUCCUUGUGUAUUUUGGUAGUGCUCUCUCACGGAUAUGAAACAGGCAUUGUUUGUACAGAUGGCAAAUUGAUUGAAAAAGAGUGGCUUUUGAACCAAUUCAUCAAUACCAAGUCUGGCAUCCUUCAGGACAAACCCAAAUUUUUCAUCUUUCAAGCUUGCAGGGGGAAUACCCCACCUGGAUACAAUGUCACACAAAACAACACUGACUGCAUAUUUGGAAAGUCAGACAGUGGCCAAUCAUCUUUGCCACGCCCCUUAUGGCGGGACUGCCUCAUCGCAGAGGCUACUAUUUAUGGAUAUGGGGCCUAUCGCCAUGAGAUUGAAGGGUCAAUAUUUAUCCAAAGUUUGUGCAAGGUCUUCAUGGAACACGCCUGCGACACUGACAUUAGGGACAUGUUAGACAUGGUCACCAUUGCAGUGCAAAGCGAAGCAAACACUGUACAGUAUCUGCAGACACCCAGUUAUGAGAACCGAGGUUUCGUCAAAAAACUGUAUUUCAGCCCUGAUCGCAAUCGGGCGGCAAUCCACUUUGACGAUAACGAGCCAUCCGAAACAAAUGAGCCACAUGAAACAAAUGAGCCACCCGAAAUCAACGAGCUCCAUCAUUCUAGCUAUUGGUUCCCAAAGGCAAAAGAGCUUCUUUCCAUUUUUCUCUCCUUUGCCACCAUACUAGAAUAACUGCACCUAAUUUAUUGCGUUGGACACCCAUGUGACUCAAAUCAAUCUGAAGUGCACUACUGUUAGCAAUAUUCUUAUAAGAGGACCGGUUUUCAGAGGUAUAGUGUUCCCUCUCAAGCACGCAAAGGAAACCAAAUGCCACCAUGAGAAAUUCUAUUUCAUGGCCCCAUGCUCACAAGUGACUGGAAUGAACAUUCCACACGUCAGAUUUGGCUUACAGUGGUAUCAAGUGAAAAUCAUACCUUGAAAACCGGUUUUCGUAAAAGAAAACUGCGUAUUCAAUAGCUGUGGCUCUCUUUGCAUGUAGUUUAUUUAAGUUCUGGUUUCAAAAAGUCCAUAAGGUCAAUACCUGAAACGCAUUUGCCAUUUCAUCAUGCCCUCUCAUGCAAAGAGAGGCUCGGGCAAGCCCUCGCUUGUCUCUUCAAACUCGACGACAUGAAAUGACCAACGCAUUCAAGGUGUCUUGACCGUAUCGACUUUUUUCAAGCCCCACUUUCAUAAACUCCAAGCAAAGAAGGCCCCCGGUAUUGUACAAAUAGCUAUUCUAUUACACGUUUACUUUCGUUUUCAUCGACGAAGUCUUGAUUUAUCAGUUAUAUUGUCAAUCCUUAUCCUUAUAUUUUUCAAUAAAAUACGCCAUCUCGUG